AUGCCUAUGGUGGCGUGCUCUCCCCCAACCGCCUCGAGGAGCCCUGCGCUGCCCAUCGGUGCUCGCAGUGGGUCUGCGCGCGUGGCGCGCAUCAGCGAUGGCGGCGUCGCCAAGCCAGCGGACAGCGGUGCCUCGCCCUUCCGGCCAGCGCCCUGCUUCAGCUUUUCAACGGGCACCACGUCGCGCAGCAUGUCAGUCGCAUCGACGGGCGGCUCGGCAGCUCGCCCGCCGAGCGGGGCGACGGCAGUCAAGGCCGGCAGCAUGCAGUUUGGCUUUGACGUCAAGGCCGACGUGCCGCUUGACGCACGUGCGCCGCCGCUCGCGGCCGCCCUGGGUCCACUGUCUCCGGGCCGCCGCGAGACCAAGCCCAGCCUGCUGAGCAUGGCGCUGUCAGACCUGCCCCUGGCCGGAUCGCUGUCGUUCGCGGCGCCGUUUGAUCUCUAUGGGUCGGCGUCGCCGUCGCUCAGCUUUCUGCAUGCCCAGGACCAGCAGCAGCUGGCGGAGCCGGACAUGUCGCCGCUCAACGCGCUGGUGCCGCAGCACCCUGUGCUCGACGCGCCCGUCGUGCGCUCGGCGUACGCCGCCGCGUCGCGCGCGCACGCCGGCCAGGUCCGCAAGAGCGGCGAGCCCGUGCUUUCACACUGCCUGGCGACAGCUGCCAUCCUGGCCGAGCUCGGGCUGCCCGAGGAGACUGUGGCCGCGGGGCUGCUGCACGACGUGCUGAGUGACACGCGCGUCACGGCCUGCCAGCUGGAGGAGUACGUGCCGCGCUCCUGCGUCGAGCUGGUGGAGAAGGUGACGCGCCUGAGCGAGGUGUCGCAGCUGUAUCGCGACAACGCGCACUCCCUUGAGGCGGCCUCCAUCCUGGACAUGCUGACGUCAAUGUCGGACGUGGGCGCGCUGCUCAUUAAGCUGGCAGACCGCCUGCACAACAUGCGCACGAUAGGGUCCCUCGCGCGCUGCAAGCAGGUGCGCAUGGCGAGCGAGACGCUGGACGUGUUCUCGGUGCUGGCCAACCGCCUUGGCGCGUGGAGCGUAAAGGCGGAGUUGGAGGACCUGGCCUUCAAGACGCUGCAGCCUGAGGACUACGAGGCUGUGUCCGCCGCCGUCGCCGCGCGCACGGCCGCGAUCGACCUGCCGAUGCGCGUGGCGCAGGUCCGCGCGGCGCUGGCGGCGGCUGGCCUGGAGGUGGUGGAUGUCAGCGGCCGCGUGAAGAACAUCUACGGCGUGUGGCGCAAGCUGCAGGCCGGGGGCCUGGGCGUGGAGCGCAUUGACGAGGUGUACGACGUGGCGGCGCUGAGGGUGGUGGUGCCGCACAAGCACGACUGCUACAGGGCGCUGCGGGAGGUCGAGGGCCUCUGGGCCGCAGUUCCUGGGCGCUUCAAGGAUUACAUCCGCAACCGCAAGGGCAAUGGCUACCAGAGCCUGCACACCAGCGUCACCGCCGCAGCCGGGGAUGCCGCAGUGGCGGACGAUGUCACAGGCCUGCCUGCAGCGCUCCUGGAGGUCCAGAUUCGCACCCCCAAGAUGCACUACAUUGCGGAGUACGGCUUUGCGGCCCACUGGCGGUACAAGGAGAAGCUGUCCCGCGAGGACCUCUGGCUGGACCGCCUGGUGCAGUGGAAGAAGUGGGUAGCUGCUGAGAAGCUGCGCCUGCGAGACGCAAAGGUCCGCGAGGGCGGCAGCUUGCAGCGCGACGUUGCGAUCGCGGCGCUCAUUGAGGCGGCCGCAGCCGCUGCAUCGGCGGCCGCCUCGCCAGCUGUGGGCUCACCGGCAGCGGUGGCGGCUGCGUACGCUGCGCCGCCAUCUGAGCAGCAGCAGCACCACCAGCAGCAGGGGUCGCCUGCGUCGGGCGGCUCGCCGGCCGCAGCUGCAGCUGAGCUGGACGCGCGCUUCAUGGCGCGCUUCAGCAUCCAGCCCGUGAGCGAUGAGGACCUGGAGGCGCACGCUGCCCAGGUGCUGAUCAGCGGCCCGCGUGGCGUUCGCGUGGAGGGCGUCCCUGCGCGCUGCACGCUCGCGCAGCUGCUGGCCAGUGGCGCGGUCGCGGCGGCCGAGUCGCGCGGCUGCAGCCUGCGGCUGAACGGCGAGCCGGUGCCGCUGCUGGCGCGGCGGGAGGUUGUGCUGCGUCCGGGUGACCACCUCGCGUUUGUCGAGGAGCCCUGCCUGGUGCCGUCGCGCGCUGGCGGCCGCGUCGCUGCCCCGGCGGCGCCUGCGGCUGCGCCGUCCCUGGUUGUGGGCGCGGACAGCGAUGACCUGCCGCCGCUGACGGUGUUCAUGCCGGGCCAGUCCACGCCGAUGGAGGUGUCGCUUGGCCGCCGGCUCGCGGCGUCGUCGUCGCGGCUGCGGCAGGCAGCCCUUGCUAUGUGA